GCCGGUCCGGCAUUCUGAGUGUGCGACCUUACUUGUCUCCUUCGGCAGCGUUGGCGUUGCAGAUUCGACUUUAUGCGUAAUGGACGUCUAGCUUUGCAGGCCCGCUGUUUGUUUCAGUUUCACACUAACCACAUGUGCACGUCUAUGUGUUAUAAUCGGAACUGUGUCUGCGGUGAGCUGCUGCGACUGUAUUUCCCCAACGUCAAUCUUUACGCUGACAGCACAUUCAAAUGUAGCAGAGGCUCACACGAAACUGCACGUUCCAGGUGGAUAGAUAUUGUGAUGCAGUUCUCUUCGGCCAAUUCAACAAUGGGUACGCUUAAUGAGACAUGGUGUGACUCCACCAACUUCACCAAACCUAGUUGCAAAGAGGACGUCCUUCAGGCUGUGGGUUACGGUUCAGUUUUCCUCCUGGGCUUCCUUGUCAAUGCUGCUGCUCUGCGUGCUCUCAUUGUCAAACAAUCCUCCUGGACAGACACACACAUCUACAUGCUCAACCUGGUUAUAGCCGACACCAGCCUCCUCCUCUUCCUUCCCUUCAGGAUCUACAAUGCCUUCUUCUGCAUGGACCGGAAUUACUUGUGCACUUUCCUCAUUUUCCUACAUUACACCAACAUGUACGCCAGCAUCUUGACAACCACGGCCAUCAGCGUGCAGCGCUACCUUAUUCUAAGGUUCCCUCUGCAGGCCAGGACAUGGAAGAAGAAGAAAGAGACAGCUUGUGCUGUGUGUUGUCUCAUUUGGGGAUUCCUUGUGGUAUCGUGGGUUAUAUUCCGAGAGGACAAUGACCCUAAAAACCUCUGGACCUGCUUUGAAAGAUGUAAAAAUCACCCUCUUAGUGUAGCGUUCAUCUACAUCAUUGUAUGUCUGGGCUACAUCACGCCUCUGUUGAUCAUUGUCUUCUGUUCCAGUUCCAUCAUCCGCAUUUCUUCAGGUCCACGACAAGUCAGAGGAAAUCAAAACCGUCAUCCGCAUAGUCACAACAAACAUGAUUGUUUUCAUUAUCUGUUAUACACCGAUCCAUGUUGCCUUUGUCGUCAACUACAAUUCACCAGGCACCUGGAAAGUUGGUGAAUACUCACCUGAACACAAGUAUUUACUUGUGUCCGAAUGGAUCGCUUCUACAAACUGCUGUUUUGAUUCCAUCAGCUAUUAUUUUCUAUUAAAACACAUUUAUCUUUAAGGGUACAAGCUUUUUGUUUGAGACUGCACA